CUCUGAACGGAGGGCGCGCACACACACACACACACACACACCCCUUCUCCUCCUCCCCCUCCCCCCCAGUCGCGCGCAUCAUCCCCCCUCCAGUUUCUUCCUCCUUCCUCUCCAUCCCCUCUCGGCCUCCUUCCCUCGUGCAAUCCCCUCCUCCGUCCCCCUCAGCAAAAUGGCGGCGCGUGGAGGCCUUGGGAGCCAGUGAGUGAGUGACUCGCGUCCGCCGGCGCCGCCGCCUCCUCCUCCUCCACCCCCCCCUUUUCUGGGCUACUUCAGUCGCCGCCAGGCUCGUUCGCAUUGGGCGGUCAGCCCCCUUCUCGUCCUCCCUCUCCACCCCCCCUCCCCACUUGCGCUCGCCUCUCUCCCCAGCGCCCCCUCCUCCCCUCCCCCAUCUUCUCUCACAGGCGCUCUAACACCGCCCCUCCCCCACCCCCCUGCCCGGCCCCUCCCCCUGCCCGUCAAUCCGUCAGCAGCGACCGAGAGCGGAUCAAUCAAUGGUCGGGAGGAGGCGGAGGCGGCGGCUGCUGCUGUUGAAUGAACAAUGUGUGAGAGCUGCGCCGAGCUGCUGGAGGUGUUAAACGAGAUAUCUGACAUUGAAGGUGGUGAUGGAUUGCAGCUCAGAAAGGAACAUGCGCUCAAAGUUUUUGCUUAUAUCAAUUCUUGGACUCAAAGGCAAUGUCUUUGCUGCUUCAAGGAGUAUAAGCAUCUGGAGAUCUUCAACCAAGUUGUGUGCGCGCUUAUAAAUCUAGUUAUUGCCCAAGUUCAAACUCUUCGAGACCAGCUGUGUAAACAUUGCACUAUUAACAUAGACUCAGCAUGGCAAGGUGAGAAUAAUCCAUCUGAUGAGCCACUGAAUGUAGAAAGAGAAUCUCACGGAGCAGAAGAAAAUGGAGAACGGCACAAAUCUUUAGAGAAGAAGUUAGACUCUGGAAGAACUUGUAUCCUGACAGAAGAGGAAUCUGCAAAGGGCACUGAUGCCUAUAGUAUAUGGAGCACUGAGGAGAAGGAAAAACUUCUGCUUUGCGUAGCGAAAAUCUUUCAGAUCCAGUUUCCUCUGUAUACUGCUUACAAGCAUAACACACACCCAACAAUAGAGGAUAUUUCUGCACAAGAGAGCAAUAUAUUAGGGGCAUUCUGUGAUAUGAAUGAUGUAGAAGUACCAUUGCACUUGCUUCGCUAUGUUUGCUUAUUUUGUGGGAAAAAUGGUCUUUCCCUCAUGAAGGACUGUUUUGAAUAUGGAACCCCUGAAACGUUGCCAUUUCUCAUAGCACAUGCAUUUAUCACUGUGGUCUCCAAUAUCAGAAUAUGGCUGCACAUCCCUGCUGUUAUGCAACAUAUUAUACCAUUUAGGACUUACGUUAUCAGGUAUUUAUGUAAACUGUCGGACCAGGAGUUGAGACAGAGCGCAGCACGUAACAUGGCAGACUUAAUGUGGAGCACAGUUAAAGAGCCUUUGGACACUGCCUUGUGUUUCGAUAAAGAAAGUCUUGAUCUUGCAUUUAAAUAUUUUAUGUCACCGACUUUAACCAUGAGGUUGGCUGGACUCAGUCAAAUAACAAAUCAACUUCACACCUUCAAUGAUGUCUGCAAUAAUGAAUCAUUGGUUUCAGACACAGAAACGUCCAUUGCAAAAGAGCUUGCAGAUUGGCUGAUCAACAACAAUGUAGUAGAGCAUAUUUUUGGACCAAAUUUACACAUUGAGAUUAUUAAACAGUGCCAAGUGAUUCUUAAUUUUCUUGCUGCUGAAGGCCGACUUAGUACACAGCACAUAGAUUGCAUUUGGACUGCAGCACAGUUGAAGCAUUGUAGUCGCUACAUACACGACUUGUUUCCUUCACUGAUCAAGAAUUUGGAUCCCGUCCCACUUAGACAUCUUCUUAAUUUAGUCUCUACCCUCCAUCCAAGUGCACAUACAGAACAGACUUUAUAUUUGGCAUCCAUGCUCAUUAAAGCAUUGUGGAAUAAUGCCCUUGCUGCAAAGGCUCAGCUAUCCAAACAGAGCUCAUUUGCAUCUUUACUCAGUACAAACCUACCAAUGGGAAAUAAGAAAGAGGAAGAAGAACUUCGAAGAGCAGCUCCAUCACCAUGGUCACCUGCAGCAAGUCCUCAAAGCAGUGACAACAGUGAUACUCAUCAGAGUGGAGGGAGUGACAUUGAAAUGGAAGAGCAGUUGAUGAGCAGAAAUAAACAUGUUCAGCAGCGACUUUCAGAUACAGAGGAAUCUAUGCAGGGAAGUUCUGAUGAGACAGCAAACAGUGGUGAGGAUGGCAGCAGUGGGCCAGGGAGCAGCAGUGGCCACAGCGAGGGAUCCAGCAACGAGGCCAACUCCAGCCACGCAAGUCAGUCUGCAGGGAGCCCAGGUAGUGAGGUACAGUCGGAAGACAUCGCGGAUAUUGAAGCUCUCAAGGAAGAGGAGGAAGAAGAUGACGACGACAGAGGUCAUAAUUCCCAGAAAAAUGGUCGGAACACAGAGUUACGAAGCAGAAAAAUGGAAUCUCAGUCGGGUAUUUGCUUGGGAGAUUCGCAGGGAACAGCAGAGAGGAGCGGUGUUAGCAAUGGAACUGGAAAGGACCAUGUUUUUAAUACGGACUCUGUGCCACCAGUGGAUAAUAGAAUUAGAAUGUUAGACCCCUGUUCACACACAGAGGACACAGAACAUGAUAUGGCGGGGGAAAUGAGUACAGCUCAUAUAUCACAAGGCUCUCAAGAUUCCUGUAUAACGCAUACAGGGGACUUCCUUGGGGAAGCAAUUGGGAACGAAUUAUUUAAUUGUCGACAGUUCAUUGGUCCACAGCAUCACCACCACCAUCAUCACCACCAUCACCACCACCACCACCACCACCAUCAUGAAGGACACAUGGUUGAUGAUAUGUUAAGUGCUGACGAUGUCAGCUGUAGCAGUUCCCAAGUCAGUGCAAAAUCAGAGAAAAAUAUGGCGGAUUUCGAUGGGGAAGAAUCUGGGUGCGAAGAAGAACUGGUACAGAUUAAUUCACAUGCUGAACUAACAUCUCACCUACAGCAACACCUUCCAAAUCUUGCUUCCAUUUAUCAUGAACAUCUCAGCCAAGGGCCCGCAGUUCAUAAGCACCAGUACAACAGCAACGCAGUGACAGAUAUUAACUUGGAUAAUGUUUGCAAGAAGGGAAAUACACUUUUGUGGGAUCUGGUCCAGGAUGAAGAUGCAAUCCAUCUCUCUGAAGGUUUGAUAAAUGAAGCAGAGAAGCUUCUGUGUUCAUUAGUAUGUUGGUUUACCGAUAGACAGAUUCGAAUGAGGUUCAUCGAAGGCUGUCUAGAAAAUUUAGCCAAUAACAGGAACAGCUUCUUCCCUGACGGGGAGGACUUCCUCCCUAAUUCUAGUGCAGCCGGCACUGGUGGUUGUGCUGCAGGAUCACCCUCCUCUCGAAAGGAGACCCUGCGAGCAAUGGGGACAACUCGAUCAGUUGUAGUUUCCCUUCGUCUUCUUCCAAAAUUAUUUGGUACCUUUCAACAAUUUGGAAGCAGUUACGACACACAUUGGAUAACAAUGUGGGCUGAAAAAGAACUUAACAUGAUGAAGCUCUUCUUUGAUAAUUUGGUACACUACAUUCAGGCUGUCAGGGAAGGACGGCAUAAACAUGCAUUGUACAGCCACAGCGCAGAAGUUCAAGUGCGCCUUCAGUUUCUGACAUGUGUCUUUUCAACUCUGGGAUCACCAGAUCACUUCAGAUUGAGUCUGGAACAAGUGGACAUACUAUGGCACUGUCUGGUAGAAGAUUCUGAAUGCUAUGAUGAUGCACUACACUGGUUUUUAAAUCAAGUACGAAGCAAAGACCAGCAUGCCAUGGGAAUGGAAACCUACAAGCAUCUUUUUUUAGAGAAGAUGCCUCAGUUAAAGCCUGAAACGAUCAGUAUGACUGGAUUAAAUUUAUUUCAGCAUUUAUGUAAUUUGGCUCGACUGGCUACCAGUGCAUAUGAUGGUGGUUCAAAUUCUGAGUUGUGUGGUAUGGACCAGUUCUGGGGCAUUGCUUUAAGAGCGCAAUCUGGAGAUGUGAGCCGUGCAGCUAUCCAGUAUAUCAACUCCUAUUAUAUUAAUGGUAAAACGGGUCUAGAGAAAGAACAAGAGUUUAUUAGUAAGUGCAUGGAGAGUCUAAUGAUCGCGUCAAGUAAUCUUGAGCAAGAUUCACACUCAAGCCUCACCAUUAUUGAACGAGGGCUCCUGAUGCUUAAGACUCAUUUAGAAGCUUUUCGGAGAAGGUUUGCAUAUCAUUUGAGACAAUGGCAAAUUGAAGGCACCGGCAUCAGCAGCCAUUUGAAAGCACUGAGCGACAAACAGUCAUUGCCUCUUAGGAUAGUUUGUCAGCCAGCUGGACUUCCUGACAAGAUGACAAUAGAGAUGUAUCCUAGUGAUCAGGUAGCAGAUCUAAGAGCUGAGGUUACACAUUGGUAUGAGAAUUUGCAGAAAGAACAGCUAAACCAGCAAGCUCAGCUACAAGAGUUUGGCCAAAGCAGUCGGAAAGGAGACUUCCCAGGUGGUCUCAUGGGGCCUGUGAGAAUGAUCUCUUCCGGGCAUGAACUGACAACAGACUAUGAUGAGAAAACUCUUCAUGAAUUGGGCUUUAAAGAUAUGCAGAUGGUGUUUGUAUCCUUGGGUGCUCCAAGGAGAGAGCGAAAGGGUGAAGGUGUUCAGCUUCCAGCAUCCUGCCUGCCACCUCCUCAGAAGGACAAUAUUCCAAUGCUCUUACUUCUGCAAGAGCCUCACCUGACCACUCUCUUUGAUUUGCUAGAGAUGCUUGCCUCUUUUAAACCACCUCCAGCAGAAGUGGCUAUGGAAGAUAGUGAGAGUGCAAAAUGUGAAGAGCUCCACCUUCAUGCAGAGAAUCUGUCAAGGCGAGUCUGGGAGUUGUUAAUGCUUCUGCCAACAUGCCCCAAUAUGCUUCAGGCAUUUCAAAAUAUUUCAGAUGAACAGGGUAAUGAUGGAUUCAAUUGGAAAGAUCUUUUGAGAAUAAAAAGUGCUCAUAAACUUUUGUAUGCUCUUGAAAUAAUUGAAGCUCUUGGAAAGCCCAACAGAAGAAUAAGGCGGGAAUCCACGGGAAGCUACAGUGAUCUUUAUCCAGAUUCUGAUGAUUCAAGUGAAGAUCAAAUAGAAAAUAGUAAAAACACGUGGAGCUGCAAGUUUGUUGCUUCUGGAGGGCUUCAGCAGCUUUUGGAAAUCUUCGACUCUGGGAUUUUAGAGCCUAAAGAGCAGGAAUCUUGGACGGUGUGGCUACUAGACUGUCUUGCAUGCUUGCUGAAGUUGAUAUGCCAGUUUGCAGUAGAUCCAUCAGAUCUAGAUCUGGCUUAUCAUGAUGUCUUUGCCUGGUCUGGAGUAGCAGAGAGCCACAGGAAACGAACUUGGCCAGGGAAGUCCCGGAAGACUGCAGGAGACCAUGCAAAAGGCCUUCACAUACCGCGCCUGACAGAGGUAUUUCUUGUACUUGUCCAGGGAACCAGUUUGAUUCAGCGACUUAUGUGUGUUGCUUAUACAUAUGACAACUUGGCGCCUAGGGUUUUGAAAGCUCAAGCUGACCAUAGGUCAAGACAUGAAGUUACACACUAUUCAAUGUGGCUUUUAGUGAGCUGGGCUCACUGCUGCUCUUUAGUGAAAUCCAACUUAGCGGAUAGUGAUAAUUUACAAGACUGGCUAAAGAAGCUCACCCUUCUCAUUCCUGAGACUGCUGUCCGUCAUGAGUCCUGCAAUGGUCUUUAUAAAUUAUCACUGUCUGGUUUAGAUGGGGGAGAUUCAAUAAACAGAUCUUUCCUGCUGCUGGCUGCCUCAACAUUGCUAAAGUUUCUUCCUGAUGCCCAGGCAUUAAAGCCUAUCAAGAUAGAGGAUUAUGAAGAAGAACCCAUCUUACAGCCUGGCUGUAAGGAAUAUUUCUGGUUGCUGUGCAAACUAAUAGAUAACAUACAUGUAAAAGAUGCUAGUCAGACAACAUUGCUUGAUUUAGAUGCCUUAGCCAGACAUUUGGCCGAUUGCAUUAGAAGCAGAGAAAUCCUUGACCAUCAAGAUGGCAACAUAGAAGAUGAUGGCCUUACAGGCCUCUUGCGUCUGGCCACCAGUGUUGUUAAACACAAACCACCUUUUAAAUUUUCCCGAGAAGGGCAGGAGUUCCUGAGAGAUAUCUUCAACCUUCUGUUCUUGCUGCCAAGCCUAAAAGACCGGCAGCAACCAAAGUGCAAGUCCCAUUCUUCAAGGGCGGCUGCUUAUGACUUGUUGGUAGAAAUGGUGAAGGGCUCUGUUGAGAACUACCGGCUGCUCCACAACUGGGUCAUGGCACAACACAUGCAGUCUUCCCAUGCACCUUACAAAUGGGAUUAUUGGCCACAUGAUGAUGUCAGAGCUGAGUGCAGGUUUGUGGGUCUGACCAACCUUGGAGCAACUUGUUACUUGGCUUCAACUAUUCAGCAACUUUACAUGAUACCAGAAGCUAGGCAAGCCAUCUUUACUGCAAAGUAUUCAGAGGAUAUGAAGCACAAGACCACCCUCUUAGAACUUCAGAAAAUGUUUACACAUUUAAUGGAAAGUGAAUGCAAAGCAUACAAUCCAAGGCCAUUCUGCAAAACCUACACAAUGGAUAAACAGCCGCUUAAUACUGGGGAACAAAAAGACAUGACUGAAUUCUUUACAGAUCUAAUAACAAAAAUUGAAGAAAUGUCUCCAGAAUUGAAGAAUACGGUGAAAAGUUUGUUUGGAGGUGUUAUCACAAACAAUGUUGUUUCUUUGGAUUGUGAGCAUGUCAGCCAGACCGCUGAAGAGUUCUAUACAGUGCGAUGCCAGGUAGCAGACAUGAAGAAUAUUUAUGAAUCUCUUGAUGAAGUUACUAUUAAAGAUACCCUAGAAGGCGACAACAUGUAUACGUGUUCUCACUGUGGGAAGAAAGUCCGAGCAGAAAAACGAGCAUGUUUUAAGAAAUUGCCUCGCAUCUUAAGUUUCAAUACUAUGAGAUACACUUUUAACAUGGUCACUAUGAUGAAGGAGAAGGUCAACACCCACUUCUCAUUUCCUUUACGUCUGGACAUGACACCGUACACUGAAGAUUUCCUCAUGGGAAAGAAUGACAGGAAAGAAGGUUUCAAGGAUGAUGGAAACAGUUCUAAGGAAACUAAGUGUUUUGAAUACGAUUUGAUAGGUGUCACAGUCCAUACAGGAACAGCAGAUGGGGGGCACUACUACAGUUUUAUCAGAGAUAUUGUCAACCCUUAUGCUUACAAAAACAACAAGUGGUACCUUUUCAAUGAUGCUGAAGUGAAACCAUUUGAUUCUGCUCAGUUGGCCUCGGAAUGUUUUGGUGGAGAAAUGAUGACAAAGACCUAUGAUUCUGUCACUGAUAAAUUCAUGGAUUUUUCCUUUGAAAAGACACAUAGUGCAUACAUGCUCUUUUACAAACGGAUGGAGCCAGAAGAGGAAAAUGGCCGAGACUACAAAUUUGAUGUUUCUUCUGAGUUGCUUGAGUGGAUCUGGCACGAUAACAUGCAGUUUCUUCAAGACAAGAAUAUUUUUGAACACACCUAUUUUGGGUUCAUGUGGCAGUUGUGUAGUAGUAUCCCCAGCACAUUACCGGAUCCAAAAGCAGUCUCUUUGAUGACAGCCAAGUUAAGCACAUCUUUUGUUUUGGAGACAUUUAUCCAUUCAAAAGAAAAGCCCACAAUGCUUCAGUGGAUUGAACUGUUAACCAAGCAGUUUAACAACAGUCAGGCUGCUUGUGAGUGGUUUCUAGAUCGUAUGGCUGAUGAUGACUGGUGGCCCAUGCAGAUUCUGAUAAAAUGCCCCAAUCAGAUUGUGAGACAGAUGUUCCAACGCUUGUGUAUUCAUGUGAUUCAGCGAUUGAGACCGGUCCAUGCACAUCUUUAUCUGCAGCCAGGGAUAGAAGACUGUUCGGAUGACAUGGAUGGCCCUGUGGAAGAUAUUGGUAGUCGCUCGUGUGUAACUCGCUUUGUGAAGACUCUGUUGUCAAUUAUGGAACAUGGUGUUAAACCUCACAGUAAACAUCUCACAGAGUACUUUGCCUUUCUUUAUGAAUUUGCCAAAAUGGGAGAAGAGGAGAGCCAGUUCUUACUUUCGCUGCAAGCCAUAUCAACCAUGGUCCAUUUCUACAUGGGAACUAAAGGACCUGAAAAUCCACAAGUUGAAGUAUUGUCAGAAGAAGAAGGGGAGGAGGAGGAGGAAGAGGAAGACAUCCUUUCUUUAGCAGAAGAAAAAUACAGGCCUGCUGCACUUGAAAAGAUGAUUGCUCUAAUAGCUCUUCUGGUUGAACAGUCUCGCUCAGAGAGGCACUUGACUUUAUCCCAGAACGAUAUGGCUGCAUUAACAGGAGGCAAGGGUUUUCCUUUCUUGUUUCAACAUAUCCGUGAUGGAAUCAACAUCAGGCAGACCUGCAAUCUCAUUUUCAGCCUCUGUCGGUACAAUAACAGACUUGCUGAACAUAUUGUAUCCAUGCUGUUCACAUCUAUUGCCAAGUUGACUCCUGAGGCAGCCAAUCCUUUUUUCAAGUUGCUGACCAUGCUGAUGGAAUUUGCUGGUGGCCCUCCAGGAAUGCCACCCUUCGCUUCUUACAUCUUACAGAGGAUAUGGGAGGUGAUAGAGUACAACCCUUCUCAGUGCCUGGAUUGGCUAGCAGUGCAGACACCUCGAAAUAAGCUAGCUCACAGCUGGGUGUUGCAGAACAUGGAGAACUGGGUUGAACGCUUCCUUUUGGCUCACAACUACCCUCGUGUGAGAACUUCUGCAGCCUACCUUCUGGUCUCUCUUAUUCCAAGCAAUUCAUUCCGGCAGAUGUUCCGAUCCACCCGCUCGCUGCACAUCCCCACCCGAGAUCUCCCUCUCAGUCCGGAUACUACAGUUGUCCUUCACCAGGUCUACAAUGUACUCCUUGGGCUGCUUUCGCGAGCGAAGCUCUAUGUUGAUGCUGCAGUUCAUGGGACUACAAAGCUGGUUCCCUACUUCAGUUUUAUGACUUACUGUUUGAUUUCCAAAACUGAAAAACUGAUGUUUUCUACCUAUUUUAUGGACCUGUGGAACCUUUUCCAGCCUAAGCUUUCUGAACCUGCCAUAGCCACCAACCACAACAAGCAGGCUCUGCUCUCUUUCUGGUACAACGUCUGUGUUGACUGCCCUGAAAAUGUGCGCCUUAUUGUGCAGAACCCCGUGGUGACCAAGAACAUUGCCUUCAAUUACAUCUUAGCGGACCAUGAUGACCAGGAUGUGGUGCUCUUUAACCGCGGGAUGCUGCCUGCCUACUAUGGUAUUCUGCGGUUGUGCUGUGAGCAGUCCCCUGCAUUCACCAGGCAGCUGGCUUCUCAUCAGAACAUCCAGUGGGCCUUUAAAAACCUCACACCACAUGCCAGCCAGUACCCUGGGGCAGUGGAAGAGCUGUUUAACCUCAUGCAACUGUUUGUAGCUCAGAGGCCAGAUAUGAGAGAAGAAGAACUGGAAGAUAUUAAGCAGUUUAAGAAAACUACCAUAAACUGUUAUCUCCGCUGCUUAGAUGGACGGUCAUGCUGGACUACUUUAAUAAGUGCCUUCCGAAUAUUGUUAGAAACUGACGAGGACCGACUUCUUGUUGUGUUUAACAGAGGGUUAAUCCUCAUGACUGAGUCCUUCAACACUUUGCACAUGAUGUACCACGAAGCCACAGCCUGCCAUGUAACUGGAGACCUAGUGGAGCUUCUGUCCAUAUUCCUGUCGGUUCUCAAGUCCACCCGGCCAUAUCUGCAGAGAAAAGAUGUGAAACAAGCACUGAUCCAGUGGCAGGAGAGAAUAGAAUUUGCCCACAAGCUUUUAACUUUGCUGAAUUCCUACAGUCCUCCAGAACUUAGAAACGCUUGUAUAGAUGUCCUCAAGGAGCUGGUACUUUUAAGCCCUCACGAUUUUCUGCACACUCUGGUUCCAUUUCUGCAGCACAACCAUUGCACGUACCACCACAGCAACAUCCCAAUGUCUCUUGGCCCUUACUUCCCAUGCCGUGAAAAUCUGAAAUUGAUAGGAGGCAAAAGUAACAUUCGCCCACCUCGCCCCGAGCUCAAUAUGUGCCUCUUGCCCACAAUGGUCGAAGCCAGCAAGGGCAAAGAUGAAGUUUACGAUCGUAUGCUGCUAGAUUACUUCUUUUCGUAUCAUCAGUUCAUCCAUCUGCUGUGUCGAGUUGCCAUCAACUGCGAGAAGUUCACAGAAACUUUAGUAAAGAUGAGUGUCCUUGUCGCAUAUGAAGGUUUGCCUCUUCAUCUAGCUUUGUUUCCCAAACUUUGGACUGAGCUCUGCCAAACUCAGUCUGCUAUGUCAAAGAACUGCAUCAAGCUUCUGUGUGAAGAUCCUGUGUUUGCAGAAUACAUUAAAUGUAUUCUGAUGGAUGAAAGGACCUUUCUCAACAACAACAACGUGCACACCUUCUUAAUGCAUUUCCUUCUCAAGGUGCAAGGGCAGGUUUUUUCUGAAGCAAAUUGUGCCGGAGUAAUCAAUAAUUUGGUAACUAAUCUGAUCAACCAGUAUCAGAGCCUAGAAUCGGAUUUUGCCAACCAGCGAGUUGAAAUUUUCAAAGCAAGCUCCACUUUAAAUGGGGACCUUCGAGCCCUCACUCUGCUGCUUUCUGUGCACACUCCAAAACAGCUGAAUGCUGCCCUGAUUCCAACGUUGCAAGAACUGCUCAAUAAAUGUAGGACUUGUCAACAGCAGAAAAACUCUCUGCAGGAGCAAGAAGCCAAAGAAAGAAAAACUAAAGAUGAUGAAGGAGCUACUCCUGUUAAAAGAAGACGGGUUAGCAGUGAUGAGGAGCAUGCAGUGGACAGUUGCAUCAGUGAUCUGAAAGCAGAGCCCAGGGAAGCCUUGACUCCAGCAAGCACCUCCGAUAAUGAGACAAGAGACUCCUCCAUCAUUGACCCAGGCACUGAGCAGGACCUGCCCUCUCCUGAAAACAGCUCCAUUAAGGAGUACCGGAUGGAAGUUCCGUCUUCAUUCUCUGAAGACAUUAUGCUAGCCACCCGGUCACAGCAUGGGGAGGAUCAGCCAGGCAGUGGUAGAUUUGAAGAAUGUAAAGAGCUGAGGGAGCCACCCGGCUCCAAGGAUUCCAACAUUGAGGAGGACGCAGAGUUCCCCUCCACUUCUAUUUCUGCCGUUCUUUCUGACCUCACAGAUUUGAAAAGCUGUGAAGGUCAAGCCUCGCAGGACCCCGAAUCUGGCUUACCGCUCAGUUGUAGCCAUUCCAGAGGACUCUUGAGUCACAUGCAGCAGCAGCAGCAAGACAUUUUAGACAUCCUCUGCAGGACCAUUGAGUCAGCAAUUCACAUGGUCACAAGGAUAUCUGGCAAAGGAAACCAAGCUGCUUCUUGACAAUGGAGGAGCAUGUCUGCUUUUAAAGUCGUUUUUUUCCCCUUCAGAAACAAUGCUGUUUGUAUAAGUUUUGCUUAUUUCUGUUUUGUGCUUCAGUUUGUCCAGUGCUUUCUGCUUGAAUGGCAAGAUUAAAUUUAUAUGCUUAAUUCUUGGUCAGGCAGAACUCCAGAUUUAAAAAGAUCUAGCAUCUACCGUACACUUUCUUAAAGGGCAAUCAGAUAAUGAAUAUGUUUUAUGUAAUUUAAAGUUCACUGUAGUGGCUUUCAUUUAAUAUGGCUGUCUGGGAGAACAGGGUCUCCUCGCCCUGUAUGGUGUAAUUUAAACUUAUGGCAUUUUUACUGUGUAUAAUAUGGUGUCCUCUGUGCCAGUUUUGUACCUUACAAUAGAGGCAGAUUGCCUCCAAUCUCUGUGGUUCUUAUUAUCAAAAUUAAGUUUACUUGUAUACUAAACAACCACAAGAAAUUUGAUUCUGUAAAGAAUCCUCUUUAGCUGUGGCCUGACAGUAUAUAAUAUAUAUAUAUAUAUGGUGCUUUAUUUAACAGAAUACCUGUGGAGGAAAUAAAGCACACUUGAUGUAAAAUUAAUUGUUUUAUUUUUAUUGACAUGACCGAUUGCUAUUCUGUGCACUUCAUUAAACUGAUUGUGACGACUUUU